ACUCCUCUUCUACUAAUACAGGAAGAGAACAGCCUGUUUCGGCGACCAGGUACCUACACCCAAAUCUGCAAGCACUCAACCACUGUGUGUUCAGUCUGAAAGCAGAGGAUGGCAGAGUUGGCGAGUCUGGUGCAGCGUCUGGAGGUGGCCGUGACUCGGCUGGAGGCGGUCUCUCCAGGAGGGGGCGGAGCCGGGGGCUCUGGAGGAGCCGUAUCUGCGUUUGUGGAGGCCUAUGAUGCCGUGGUGUCCGGGCCUGUGGCGGAGUACAUGUCCCUCAGCAAGAAGAUCGGAGGAGAUGUCCAGAAACAUGCCGACAUGAUGCAGAAGGCUUUCUCAGCGGAGAGGCAGUUGCUGAUCAAAGCCUCCAGCAGCCAGAAGCCUGCGGAUUCUGUCUUGACAUCCCUGCUGGCCCCGGUCUCCAAGUUGAUCCAGGAGGUCCAGAGCUUCCGUGAGAGCAACCGCUCAUCUCCGCUCUUCAACCACCUGUCGGCCGUCAGCGAGAGCGUGCCUGCCCUGGGCUGGAUCGCCAUGGCUCCUAAGCCAGGACCCUACGUCAAGGAAAUGCAAGAUGCUGCCACCUUCUAUACCAACCGCGUACUCAAGGACUACAAAGAGAAGGACAAGACGCAUGUGGACUGGGUCAAGGCAUACCUCUCCAUCUGGACUGAACUGCAGACCUACAUUAAACAGCACCACACCACUGGCCUCUCCUGGAGCAAAUCUGGCCCGGUUGCCUCUGCCGGCCCCGCUGGUCCUGCCCCAGGCGGCCCCGCUCCCCCUCCCCCCAGGCCCCCUCCUCCCCCCAUGGACUUCGGGGGCUCCUCUGGCGGAGACUCUGGACCAGACACCAGGAACGCCCUCUUCGCCUCCAUCAACAAGGGCUCCGAUAUCACUAAAGGUCUGAAGCACGUGUCGUCCGACCAGAUGACUCACAAGAACCCGAACCUGAGGGCACAGGGCGGCCCCAUCCACUCCUCCCCCAAACCCUUCACGCCCCCCGCACCCCGCUCCACCCCCAGCCCUGCCGCUGCCGCCACCGCACGCAAGCUGCCCCCCGUGCUCGAGCUGGACGGCAAGAAGUGGAAAGUGGAGAACCAGGAGGGAGCUCAGAACCUGGUGAUCAGCGACACGGAGCUAAAGCAGGUGGUCUACGCCUUCAAGUGCAACAACUCCACCCUUACGGUCAAGGGCAAGAUCAACUCGAUCACCAUCGACAACUGUAAGAAACUGGGCCUGGUGUUUGACGACGUGGUUGGUAUUGUGGAGGUGAUCAACUGCAGAGAUGUUAAAGUCCAGGUGCUGGGUAAAGUUCCCACCAUCUCCAUCAACAAGACGGACGGCUGCCACGUUUACCUGAGCAAGGACUCGCUGUCCUGCGAGAUCGUCAGCGCCAAGAGCUCCGAGAUGAACGUCCUGGUACCCAAGGCUGACGGAGAAUUUACCGAGAUCCCCGUACCAGAGCAGUUCAAGACCGUUUGGGAUGGCAGCAAGCUCGUUACCACAGCAUCAGAGAUCGCUGGAUAGAGGGACUUCCUGUUCCGAAACCCUCCCCCCACUCCUUCUAUUCCCGUUAGCAGAAUGCCUACCUGACUGACUGACCAACCCACCCACCCAGCCAAUCACGAAAAAAAAGCAGAUCAAGAUGCCAACAUCGCACUUUGUUUUGCCCAUCAGCCAAUCGGCGCUCUAGCUGUUAACUUCCUUCAGCCAAUGGGAGGACUGCUUGCUUUAUCUCAAGCAUUUCUUCAGCCAAGUGCAAGGAGCAGCGUUUUUUGUCAUUCCAUUUGCUUAAUCUGUGCCCAGUAGGCACCUACAAAUUUUUAAUUGCCAAGUUAGAAAAGACCAACAAAAAAUGUCUAUCUGUUUAUCUGUCUGCAUUCCAACCAUAUGAGAGGGGAAGGGGAAAUACUCAUUGAGACCAACAGGGGGAGCUAUAGCUUUCUUGGUGUUCUCAUCUGGUUUUCUCCCUGAUUCUGUCAUUCCUAAUUAAACAAUAAAAAGAGAACAUUCCUGUUAUUCACUUGUCUGGUCAGGUUUUAGGCAGGUUGGGGGAUGGUGUCUGCUCUGUUCCGGCGGUUUCUGUUCUCCAUAUAAUAUGCAAUCAGCCCUGAAGCACAUGACAUGUUCACCUCUGUUUAUCACGGCAACCACGCUCUUGAUCAUCUAUCAACGAUGACUGUAUUCAUGUUAAUAGUGGCGAUAACGAUAUUAUUAAGGAAAAUAAUAAAACAAAACGACACAAUAAUAGUUGCUCAUAAGCAUCAAUGCAACCAACGCUCAGCAGCCUCCACCGCCUCCACCACCACCACCCAGAUGUUAGGGAAACUAAUCUUAAAGGAAAUGACGUGUUGCGUGCAGGUUCACUCUAUAGUCUUUCCCAUAGAACGCACGAAGCAGAAGUUCUAGUGGCUGCUGCUGCUGCUUCUUAUACACCUGUUCUGUGGACCAAAACCUCCUUUUGUUCCCCCCUCUCCUAUUCCUUCGCUGAGAGCCUGUCAGCACUUACUUAAGGGCACAUUUCCCCCCCUCAACACACACACAAACACAUACACACUGACGUUAAAGCUAACAUUCCCACCCUCCUCUAUAGCUAGUUAUACAAAAAUCCUCCUUUUUAGGAGAAUGGGAGGAAGUGAGACGGUUGUCGGAACUCAACCUUUUAGAAAGGGGUAUAUUCCAAGCACAUGCUCUUGUGGUAAAACCUUAUGCUAAAACUCCUGACUAAAAAAAUAAAUAAAGUUCAGUGUGGUUCUGAUUUGGUAAAAGCAUAAAAACACAAAAGCUUUGGGGAUAAGCGCUGCAGUUUACACUUGAGUAAACCUACCCAGAGUCACUUAACUGCAAACACUUGAACCACGCUGGCGAAACGGUUUUAAAUGUUUUCGAUUGGCCGGGAGGUGUUAAAAUACCUUGUGUCCUUUUUGUUGCUCUUCUUUACUCACACUCCUUUUGAUCUUACACACACACACACGCGCACACACACCACCACACACACAAUUGUGGUAUUUUGUAUUUGUUUUGGUUUUUUGUUGUACUUCUUUUCUUAUUGGGUGGAAUAAAUAAAAACAAAAAAAGUCUGUUCAUUAGUAUUGGCGGAAAACAUCAUUAAAAUUGUUGCAAUAAAG